AUGCUCCCGCCUCCCGAUCCAUUGGCUGCGAAUCCCUUCGAAGUCAAGCAGAGUCGCACUGUGAAUCGAGGCUGCUGUGGAUCGCAGAAGCAGGAGACCGUGAUGCUGAUGAUGCCCAACACCACGCUGCAGCGCACCAAUCACCAGCUCCGGAAGCGUCGCCGCCUGCUCAACGCCCACGACACGCAGCUGAUGCAGACGGCCUUGCAGCAGGAGCCCACCGUGGAGGAACUGGAGAAGAAGCCGAGCCCCUAUCUGACGAAACUGACGCUGAAGGACAAGAUCAUCAGCGGAAUCACGGCCGUGGUGUGCAUCGGCGUGCUGGUCAUGCUGCUGGUGCACCACUUCGUUCCGUAUGACGACGGUCUGCACUCCACGCCGAUGCUCGGGUACUCGAUGUCGAUUCCUGGAGGCUUCCGCUCGAUUAUUGCGAACAAGACGGACUAUUACGAGGUCGAUAGUUCCCAUCGCGGCUUGUACGAGAUUCGAACAUCGAUCCAGCGACACGACACGAUUCCUUACACGUUGAGCUACCAACUCUAUGCCGUCAAGUCCACCAUGGAGGAAGUGGCUCUGGGCAACCCCGUGGUGAUUGCGAGCAGCGAAACGAAGGAAACGGAGGAUCUGAGCGAGUUCGACGAGAUGGAUAACGAGGUGUUCAACGAUAAGAGCACGACGGUGAUCGCGAAGGUGACGACCAACUCGACGGAGCCUGUGUCCUACGUGAUGUUCAUCAGCUCCAUGGCGCCUGUGGGUCGGUACCGAAUUCUCCUCGGAUCCAUCCUGCUGGUCGCUGUCUACGUGCUGCUUCUCCUCGAAAUCAUCAAUCGCGCCGUCGUGGCCUUCAUCGGCGCCUUCCUGACCUUGCUGCUGAUCUCGUUCAUUUCGGAGGCCCCGUCGCUGGACACCGUGGUGAACUGGAUGGACGCCUCGACAUUGUGUCUGCUGUUCGGAAUGAUGAUCAUGAUCCAAAUGCUGUCCACGACGGGUCUGUUCGAGUACAUGGCCGUUACCAUGCUGAUUUGGUCGCAUGGCAACAUCAAGGUCCUUAACGUGUGUCUCUGUCUGCUCACCGCUCUCUGUUCCGCGUUCCUCGAUAACGUCACGACGAUGCUUCUGAUCGCUCCCGUGACCAUCGAGGUGUCUCGCAUGAUGAAGGUGAACCCAAUUCCCUUCCUGCUUCCCGAGGUUAUCUUCGCGAACCUCGGCGGAACCGCUACGCAGAUCGGUGAUCCCCCAAACAUCAUUAUCGGAAACAUGCUCAAGGAGCACAUCGGCUUCGUGGACUUCAUCAUCCAUCUGACGCCUUGCGUUAUCAUCUGCCUCAUUUGUGUCUAUCCCUUCGUUCUCUGGUACUACCGCAAGGACCUCAACAAGCCCAACUUCCAAGUCGAUUUGUCGCUCCGCGAGAAAUACCAGAUCAAAGACAAGCCGCUUCUUCUGAAGUGCGGAACCGUUCUGAUCACUGUGAUCAUUCUCUUCUUCCUCCACUCCUUCCAUCACAUCGAUACCGCCUUCCUCGCCGUCGCCGGCGCCUUCGCCUGCUUCUUCCUCGGCACAUCGGAGGACCUGCACACGACCUUUGAGCUUCUUGAAUGGGAAACUCUCGUUUUCUUCGCGGGUCUCUUCAUCAUGAUCGAGGGCAUCAACGAGAUCGGCGUGAUCCGCGCCAUCGGCGAGGCCGUUUCCUCGCUCAUCAUCAAGGCUCCAGUGAAGUGGCAGUCGUUCCUUGCCCACAUGAUGAUUCUGUGGGUGUCGGGCCUCGCCUCUUCCGUUCUGGAUAACAUCGCGUUCACCGCGACCAUGAUUCCGGUGAUCCAAGUUCUCGGCUCCCAUUCGGAGCUCAAUCUUGACGUGGUCACGCUCGCCUGGACCUUGGCGCUCGGAGCCUGCUUCGGAGGCAACGGAACGCUCGUGGGAGCGGGAGCCAACCUGGUCACGGCCGGCAUUUGUGCCACGAACGGGCAUCCGGUGAGCUUCGGCAUGUUCUUUAAGUUCGGAUUUUCCUGUAUGAUUAUAUCCAUGGUGGUGUCUACAGUGUACGUCACACUCCGAUAUGUCCAAUUCUAGUCUAGACA